GAAAAAGAGAAGAUGAAACGGUGAAACUUUUAUCUUUAAAUCCCCACCAGCAUAGCAUCUUCCUUCCUCUCUCUCUCUCUCACCUACGGACUCCAGUGAUCAAUAUCUCUUUCGCUACAUUUGAUCUUCAUUUGACUUUUCUCCUUUCCUUGUUCAUCUUUCAAAACCGAGGCUUCGACAAAAACAAUCAACACUUCCUCAUCUUCUUUCUUUAAAACCCUCUGCAAACAAAAGCUAUAGAGAGAGAGACCACUUUUGGUGCUCUCUAUUUGCAACUCUUUCAGGCAACACUCUUGGUAACAGAAGUGGAUUGGAUCUGGUGUGAUAGAGAGAGAUGAUGAUGUUUAACGAGAUGGGCAUGUAUGGAAACAUGGAUUUGUUCUCUUCGACAUCUCUUGGAGAAACGGAUGUGUGUCCAUUUCCAAAAGAUCAUCCAGUGGUUGAAGAUGAUUACACAGACGAUGAGGUGGAUGUUGAUGAGCUGGAGAGAAGGAUGUGGAGAGACAAAAUGCGUCUAAAACGCCUCAAGGAGCAGCAGAGCAAGUGUAAAGAAGGAGUGGACGCUUCGAAGCAGCAGAGACAGUCACAAGAGCAAGCUAGGAGGAAGAAAAUGUCGAGAGCACAAGAUGGGAUCUUGAAAUACAUGUUGAAGAUGAUGGAAGUUUGUAAAGCUCAAGGCUUUGUUUACGGUAUCAUCCCUGAGAAAGGCAAACCAGUGACCGGUGCUUCUGACAAUCUGAGGGAGUGGUGGAAAGAUAAAGUCAGGUUUGACCGUAAUGGUCCAGCCGCCAUUGCCAAGUACCAAGCGGAGAACAAUAUCGCUGGAGGGAGUAAUGAUUGUAAUAGUUUGGUUGGACCAACACCUCACACACUUCAGGAGCUUCAAGACACAACUCUUGGAUCGCUUUUGUCGGCGUUGAUGCAACACUGUGAUCCUCCCCAGAGACGGUUUCCUUUGGAGAAAGGUGUUCCACCGCCGUGGUGGCCUAAUGGGAGAGAAGAGUGGUGGCCUCAGCUUGGUUUACCUAGUGAUCAAGCUUCUCCUCCUUAUAAAAAGCCUCAUGAUUUGAAGAAAGCUUGGAAAGUAGGUGUUUUGACUGCUGUUAUCAAGCAUAUGUCGCCUGAUAUUGCGAAAAUCCGUAAGCUUGUGAGGCAAUCGAAAUGCUUGCAGGAUAAGAUGACGGCGAAAGAGAGUGCCACUUGGCUUGCCAUUAUCAACCAAGAAGAGGUUGUGGCUCGGGAGCUUUAUCCCGAGUCAUGUCUUCCUCUUUCUUCUUCAUCUGUGGGAAGUGGAUCUCUUCUCAUCAAUGAUUGUAGUGAGUAUGAUGUUGAAUGUUUUGACAAGGAACAGCAACAGAGUUUUGACGUGGAAGAGCUAAAACCUGAGAUAGUGGUGAGUAUGAAUCAUCCAACAAGCUUUGGGAUUUGUAGAAUGCAGCAGUUUCCUGUGAAGGAAGAAGUCGUGGCCACCGUGGGAAACUUGAAGAGGAAGCAGAACAAUGAUCUGAAUGUUAUGAUGAUGGAGAGACCAGGUUUCACUUGUGAGAAUGGUCAGUGUCCUCACAGCAAGAUCAAUCUUGGUUUCCAGGACAGGAGCUCAAGGGACAAUCACCAAAUGGUUUGUCCAUAUAGAGAUAAUCGUUUAGCGUAUGGAGUGAAGCCAGUAGUUGUAUCACAACAGUCACAACCCUUUCCUCAGCCAGUCCAACCGGUCGACCUAUCAGGCUAUGGAGUUCCCAAAAAUGGGCAAAAGAUGAUCACUGAGCUAAUGGCUAUGUAUGACAGAAAUGUCCAGAGCAGCCAAGCUUCAAAUCAAAGCAUGAUCAGUGAUUCAACAGCAGCUCAGAAUUAUCAAGAACAACAGCUUUGUUUCAACCGCAAUCAGAUGUUCAUGCAACAAGGGAACAGUGAGAUUAACAAUCAGUCUCAGAUGGUGUUUGAUUCGACCUCGUUUGAUAUUGCAUCAUUCGACUACAAAAAUGACUGGCAAGCUGGAGUUAUGGAAGGAAUGGGGAAGCAGCAGCAGCAAGAUGUAUCAAUAUGGUUCUGAGUGUAAUCUCUUCUCUGCAACAUUCUUUCUUAUUAACUGUGUAAUUAAACUCCAUGUUUCUUAACUUCUUGGAGUUUAUAUCUAUUGGCACCAACGCUCAUCUGUAUUGUUGAUGAUGAUGAAGCCAUCUUCUUUCUUUUUUUUGUAUGUGUUGUGUGUGUGUGUGUGAAGUCAUUGAGUCAGCUUAUGUUUAAUAAACUCAUUAUCAUUUUGGUCAUCUUUGUCAAUGCUAUUUGAAAACAAUGAUAAUAAUUGUUUGAGCUG